CGAAUUGCUGGUGUAUAACGUGGGUUUAAAUGUGGAUGGACAAUGCUCCACUUCUCCUGCCCCUGACUUUGAUGUUUAAAUCCCGGCAAGCUGCCACGAAUCGAGUCAUCACUCUCCAUCUUCCACAUCCAUCUACAGCACCUCAACGAUGCCCUACACCGGCCGUUGUAACUGCACCAGCGUCUCCAUCACCCUGCCGGCACAGCCGGAAAGGAGUGUAGCCUGCCACUGCAUCAACUGCAAGAAAGCUGGAGGAGGCUCUUUCUCAAUCAACUACUUCAUCAAUCAAAGUGACAUGACCAUCGAAGACCCCAGCCAGGCAAUGAAGAUCUACAGCGAUCCCAACACUUCUUCGCGGAACAUCGUCCAGCGUCAUUUUUGCUCCAGUUGUGGAAGCCCACUGUUUACGUUGUCGCCAAAGGUGCCGGGUAAAGCGUAUCUGAAAGCAGCGCUGUUUGACAUUGUGUCAAAGCCAGAAUCGGUGUUUUUCGGCGAUAAGCAGGAGGAGUGGGUGAGCAUUAACACGGCAUAGUGUGCUCAGUGUUAGCUUGGGUGGAGCAUUAGCGGAGUUAGGGUCCGGGGUUGAAUGAGGGGAUAAUUAGCGUGAUGGUCAGAGGGAUUUCUGAGAUUUGAUUCUAGUCAAGAUAGUUCCUCGUUGUCGUGAAGUUAUAUCUCAAUAGAAAUAAUCAAGCAGAUAGUCCUUCCAAAUCUAUUACGUCAUACCCGCUGGCGAAGUCAAUUCGCGAAUAAAAUCGAUCAAUCGGCG